AUGGAAGCAAGUGCCCCGGUUUCUCUGGAUCAAGAUCAACCGCUAGAGAAUUUGGUGAAUUCUUUGAGAAGGAAGUUGCAAAAUUUGUCUCCACCACCUUCUGAAUGUUGCAUCUAUAGAGUUCCGGAGCGGCUGCGCCUUGAAAAUGCGAAUGCUUAUAUCCCUAGGGUUCUCUCCAUUGGACCACUUCACCACGGUGAACAACGUUUUCAAGCCAUGGAAGAACAUAAAAUGCUUUAUUUGAAUAGUUUUCUCGAAAGAACCAAAGUAAGCCUGGAGGAUUAUACCAAGUUCAUUAAGGAAAGGGAACAGAAAGUGCGGAAGCAUUAUGCCGAAACCUUCGAAACUGUGGAAAGCAAUCGAUUCGUGGAAAUGAUCCUUGUGGAUGCUGCCUUUGUCAUUGAACUAUUGUGGAGGAACCAUUCCAAAGACGAGGUACAGGAAAAUGAUCGCAUUUUCAAUAGACCGUGGAAGGUUGGGGAUAUAAGGUACGAUAUGAUGUUACUGGAAAAUCAGCUUCCAUUCUUUAUAUUUGAAGACAUUUUUACCCUAGCCAAACUAAGGAUUUCUCUAGACAACAUUGGUGACCGACUUUCCAUGAGUAGUGAGAAAAUUUCCCUCAUCAUAUUGACCUACAAAUUCUUUCGAUUUAAAGCUUACUUGGGAGGAAUAAAGGAAAUUCUAAAAAGGGUACAAUCCUCCGAAAUCAAGCAUUUCGUUGAUUUCUUUAGACAAUGUCACGUGCCAAGAGAGCUACCACCUAGAGGUGAAAUUCAGACUCUAACUGUACCCAGUGUAACGGAGUUGUAUGAGGCAGGGGUCAACUUUGAGGUGGGAUCAACUAAAAGCUUGUUUGACAUACAAUUCCGCAAAGGAACUUUGGUGAUUCCUCGUCUGCGAAUACGAAAGUCAACAGAGAGCUUUUUCUUGAAUCUGCUUGCUUUUGAACAAUGUCACUUGCUUGAUUGUUACAUCAAUGACUACGUCUUCAUCAUUGACCGCCUCAUUGACACAACCAGCGCUGUGCAGUUGCUUGUUCAGAGUGGUGUAAUUGAAAGUAAGCUACCCGAUAACAAAGAGGUUGUAACAUCCAUUAACAACCUUGUACGAGGAAGUAUCUUGCGCUGUAAACAUUUCUACUUCAAUGAUCUUUGUGUCAGCUUGAACGCUUAUUACAGUGAUCCCUGGAACAAAUGGACGGCAGCCUUAAAACACAAACAUUUCAGCUCUCCAUUGACCAUUUUCGCUGUGGUUUUGGCUGCCGCGGUCUUCAUACUCACUCUCAUUCAAACAGUGUGCUCUUGUGGAGUACAAUUCAAGAAGUAG